AUGCGCCGCGUCGAGUCCCAUGCAGUGGUUCCGACGGUCGGUGUCGCCUUGCCAUUGAAGAGCCGCAGUGCCGGUGUCGCUGAGCGACGGAAGCCUCUACACCGCUUUGUUGUGACCGACGCACCAGAGGACCCGGAGCUUCUGUUUAGCCCGCGCAAUGCCGAGGAGCCAACGUCAACCAACGUCGACGUGCCACGAAGGAUACUUGACACAGGCCGGACGCGCCCCGGCAAGAUGGAGCAGAAAGGUCGGUUUACCAUCAUUGAUCUCGUGCCAACGUCACCAGCGUCGGAGUUGCCGUCUGCCAUGAUACGCAAUUUGGUCCAAUUGCAGUCGGAAGCAAUCGACAUCGCGUGA